AUGGCUACCUCACAAGGAUCGCUUCUCGCUACUGGUAUCACGGCCACUGCACUGGUUACUGUUGCCUGCAUCCCAGCACUGCGGUCCAUUUCAGCACGAUGCCACUCGCGACGAACAGGCUAUCGAUUUCUACACAGUUUGUAUAGCGACCAGGACGGCACAGCGACGGAGGAAUCCUCAAAAGCCUUUUCUGAUGUUCCUCAACGCUGUGUAAUUGCCAUAUUUACACUCUCUGGGCUUCUGUCCUCUCUUUCAUUAGCUGUUCUUACCACUGCUGGUCGAGGCAGCCCUUUUUACCCCGGCCCAACUGAGCUCUGGCUGCAUUUUGCGAAUUGGAUUCUUCUCACCGGUGGAACAGUGGCUCUAUUUGCUGAGCCGUCUUCCACCAAACGAUAUUUGCUUGGCCUUUGGAAUUCCCUUUCUUGUGCUUUGUUAGCCACAGCUAUCUGCACUCAAGUCGCCCUGAUCGGAUCAUGGAUAGAUUCACCGUCUAUACAUACCAUUCCCGAUCUUAUUAUUCUAGCUGAGGUUUUGCUCGCGCUCGUCAUCGCUACUGUAUCUUGCCUUCUACCACGUCGUCCAGAUGUUUUCCGGAAUGGCAAGGCUGUUGACCGCCAGUCAACCACGUCUUUUCUCAGUAUGAUCUCUUUUAGCUGGGCUAAUCCAGUACUAGUAUUCGCUAUCAAAAACCAAAGGCUGAAUAUUGAUGAUCUUCCUGAGCUCAACCAUUCUACUCGCUCUAGGACUUUGCUGGAGUCGUUUACAAAAACCAGAAAAAAGGGCCAGAAAUUAUGGGUGACUCUAGUCCAUGAACACUCCUCUGCGCUGCUACUGCAGUUUGUUUUGGUCUCAGUCGUUUCGGUGCUUAGCUUUGCUCCUCAGAUUGCGCUCCUGGGCAUCCUUCGGUCCUUGGAAGCACGUGCAGCUGGAAUUUGGAACCCCGUAAUAACCUGGCUCUGGGUUAUAGGACUUGGAGGGUCUAUCCUUCUUGAAAGUACAGUUGAAUCGUGGUUGUUUUGGGUAGUAUAUUACAAGCUGGCCGUUCCAGUAUACGAACAACUUUCUGCGGUUAUAUUUGCGAAAUCGUUACGACGAAAAGACGUGAAGGGCUCUCAAGCAUCAACUGAUAGCCGAAACGAAAUAAAACCCGGCGAAAGCGAUGACAACGAUGGCGAUGGCGAAAAUGACAGCCAAAACUCACGCCAGGCGACAAUCAACCUUAUUGCAGUUGAUGCUAAACGAAUAUCUGAUUUUGCCGCUUUUAAUUAUAUUAUUGUUGGUACUGUCGUGAGGCUAUCAGUUGCCUUCACCAUUUUAGACCGUCUUAUAGGCUGGAAGAGUCUUUGUGCUGGACUCCUUGUAGCAGUGAUUGUCACUCCACUUAACAUUGUUACCGCAAACAAAUAUUCUGCAGCUCAGACAUCACUUAUGAAAUUCCGUGAUCAGAAAAUGGCUAUUAUCACAGAGGCUCUGCAAGGAAUCAGGCAAAUUAAGUUUUCGGCCCUGGAGACUCAAUGGGAGAAGAAGAUAUUCGAUAUCAGGAAUACGGAGCUUCAUUCACAAUGGAUGGCAUUUCUUUACGAUGUUGGACUUAUAUCAAUUUGGAUCCUAGGCCCAAUUAUGUUGUCUGCAGUUUCACUCGGUGUUUACUCAAUGUUAUAUGGGGGACUAUCUGCAUCUGUUGCAUUCACUACAAUGGCAAUUUUUUCGUCUCUGGAGUUCUCUCUUGCCAUCUUGCCGGAGUUGAUUGCAGACUUUAUUGAAGCAUAUGUGAGCUCAAACCGUGUUGAUAAGUACCUGGAAUCCGCCGAACGUGAUCGGACCCUUACUCCAGCAGACUAUGUCGCUUUUGAAAAAGCAACUCUUGCAUGGCCUGCAGAAGAUGCGGAGGGUGACAGUGAGAGAUUCAUGCUCAAAGACCUUGAUGUUAGAUUUCCCUUAAAUGGCCUUAGCGUUAUUUCGGGAAAAACAGGUUCUGGCAAGAGCUUACUACUUGCCGCCAUUAUCGGCGAGGCUGAUAUUGUUGACGGCGAGGUUUUCGUUCCCGUCGCUCCCCCUUUGGAAGAACGCUUUGAUGAUAAAGCUACAAAGGCCAAUUGGAUUAUUAACUCAGCAAUUGCGUAUGUUUCUCAGGUACCGUGGAUUGAAAACGCCACUAUCAGGGAUAACAUUUUGUUCGGGUUGCCGCUUGAUUCAGAGAGAUAUAAUAUGGUUCUCUUUGCCUGUGCUCUGGAAAAGGAUUUUGAAAUGCUACCAGACGGUGAAUUAACAGAUAUUGGUGCAAAUGGAAUCAACCUGAGUGGUGGGCAAAAAUGGCGUGUAUCUUUUGCAAGGGCCCUCUAUUCCCGUGCUGGAAUUCUUAUUAUGGAUGAUAUUUUUAGCGCAUUGGAUGCGCAUACUGGUCGACAUCUUCACGUUCAUGCGCUUAAUGGAGAACUUUGCCAGGGAAGAACUCGGAUCCUUGUUACCCAUCAUGUGGGUCUUUGUCUUUCUUCUGCUGAUUACUCUGUUCAUCUUGACCGUGGAAUGGUUCAGCAUUCGGGCUCUGUGGCGGAACUAAAAAGAACCGGCAGCUUUGCGGACAUUCUUGCUCAACCUGAAAAUGAAAAUGGUAAAGACCGCAAAGAGAGUGUGGAAACCGUUGAAGAUGAGGUGGAAGAGUCAAAUAUUUUGCAAAAGAUCUUAUCACAUCGGUCUCAUCGAAGUGCAUCCCAUGAACAUAUUGAGAGUCAAUCAAAAACACAGAUACCAAAAAAGUUCCAGCAAGAUGAAAAUCGCGAAGUUGGUUCUAUUAAAACCAGCCAUUACAUUAAAUACCUUCGAAGUGGUGGCAGUGUGCUGUACUGGUUGGUUGUGCUCCUGAUUUUCUGUUUAUCUGCAGUUUUUACUGUCGGAAGGUCGUGGUGGGUUAGUAUAUGGACUCGAGCCUCGCAACAGCACUCGAUUACUGGUGAACGGCUCGAUAUAUUGUCUCAUGUUGCGAAUGCGUCACCCCAACUCAAAUCAGACCAUAGCCUAUUCUUUUACUUAGGGAUAUACUUUGCUUUAUCGGUUAUAACAUGUUUACUGGGUACAAUCAAAUAUAUGCUCUUACUCAGAGCUACAAUUCAUUCCUCGCGGAAUCUAUUCAAAAACUUGACCUAUGCUGUUCUGAGAGCACCAUUGCGCUGGCUCGAUACCGUUCCAGUUGGCCGAAUUCUAAACAGAUUUACAGCAGACUUCAACAUGAUAGACUCCAAACUCCCAUAUGACUUGGGCUUCAUGUUGUACAAUGUUCUAGAUGUCGUGGGUAUUGUUGUGGCUGGUUUCCUAGUCUCUCCUCUAUUGAUCUUAUUUGCUAUCGUUCUCCUGAUGAUAUGCAUUUACUACUCACAACGAUACCUGAUGGGCGCGAGAGAGAUCAAAAGAUUAGAAAGCAACGCAAAGAGCCCCAUUUUCGAGCAGUUUGGCUCCGCUCUUAUCGGGUUAACCACUAUCCGUGCCUUUGGGAAAACACAGACAUAUGUUGAACGAAUGUAUAAAAAGAUCGACCACCAUGCUCAAGCUAACUGGAACUUAUGGCUAUUCAACCGAUGGUUGAGCUUCCGCAUGAACGUUGUCGGAGCUAUCUUUUCAACAUUGACUGCUGUCCUUAUAAUUUCGCUUAAAGGUAUAGAUGCACCUUUGGCUGGAUUUGCUCUCAGUUUUGCGCUACAAUAUACGGCUUCUAUUAUGUGGGCCCUGCGUCGUUAUGCGAACGUGGAGCUUGAUAUGAAUGCGGCUGAGCGUGUUCUUGAGUAUUCAAGUAUCGACAUUGAAAAUCAAGAAGGGGACAAUGCACCGGCGGCAUGGCCAACAGAAGGACGUCUCGAAGUGACUGAUCUGGUUGUUGGAUAUGCCCCCGAUCUCCCAGCCGUAUUACGAGGGCUGUCUUUUACGGUUGAGAAGAAUCAAAGAGUUGGAGUUGUGGGCCGCACAGGGGCUGGAAAAUCGUCGUUGACUCUCGCAUUAUUCCGCUUCUUGGAGCCUUGGUCAGGGUCGAUAUUUAUCGACGGUAUUGAUGUCUCAAAGAUCAAGCUACAAGACCUACGAAGCCGGUUGGCCAUCAUACCUCAGGAUCCUGUCCUAUUUUCCGGUACGAUCAGAUCAAACCUUGAUCCAUUCGAUGAGUACUCUGAUGCGGAACUACAUGACGCCCUCGAAAGAGUCCACUUGGUCUCCAAUACACCUAAACAAGGCACCAGACGAAGCUCGUUUGCACAUUCUGCACAACAAGUAUCAGGAGCUUCGGGAUACACAACGCCCACGUUGAUUAGUAACAAUGGUAGUGCUUCCGCUCCAACAAUGGACACCGCCCACACCACCGCUGCGACGUCAGCCCAGAGCACAACUAGCAACCUCAAUAUUUUCACCAGCCUAUGCUCAACCAUCUCUGAAGGUGGGUUAAAUCUCUCCCAAGGCCAGCGGCAGCUACUUUGCCUCGCCCGUGCGAUCAUAUCUAAACCCAAAAUCAUGGUGCUCGACGAAGCUACCUCUGCGGUAGAUAUGAGCACGGACGCACUGAUUCAGCGCUCUAUUCGAUCUGAAUUUGGACGCAAUUCAACGACACUACUGGUUAUUGCGCACCGAUUGAGUACGAUUGCCGAUUUUGAUAGGAUUUUAGUCAUGGAUGCUGGACAAGCGGUGGAGUUUGGGGCGCCAAAAGAGCUAAUGGGCAUAGAGGGGGGUGUUUUUCGAUCGCUUGUGGAAGAGAGUGGGGAGAGGGAGUUGCUUGAAACAGUGAUUUUUCAGGAUCCAGAAUGA